CUAGUGGAGCAGUAUUAGUUACUCUGAAUUGAUAGCCAAUGGACGCUGGACCUUACGCCGCCCGUUGAUUGGCUCGCCGGGGCUAUAAACACCAGGCUGCGGUGUCCAUGGGAAGCACUCAGCCGGCCAUCCAUCAUCUCUCCCACUGCAUACCAGCACCACAGGUGCGAGCCAUGGCGAGGAGCCGCCACUCUUCCUCCGGUCUCCUAUGCGUCCUCUUCCUCCUCGUCGCUGCCAUGGCAGCGGAGGGUGCAGGGUGCGCGCAGGCGGGACAGCGGAAAUUGCAGCAAGUUCCAGGGCCACAGCCGCUGCCACUACCGAUUCCGAACCCGCAGCCUGGCCCGAACCCACAACCUUUGCCUAACCCACAGCCAUUACCGCAGCCACAGCCGGACCCAAACCCGCAGCCACAGCCAUUGCCGCAGCCUCUUCCACAACCACAACCACUGCCGAACCCAAACCCGCAGCCACAGCCUUUACCACCACAGCCUCUGCCACAACCACUGCCGGGCCCAAACGCGCAACCGCUGCCAUUACCACAGCCCCUGCCACUACCACCGCCGGGCCCAAACGCGCCACCGCUGCCAUUACCGCCGCCUCUGCCCCUACCACCGCCGGGCCCAAACCCACAGCCGCUGCCGCAACCGGAUGCCCCAGGCUCAUAUCCGCAGGUACAACCGUUGCCGGACUCAAACACGCCCGGCCGACAGAAUAACGCACUACAGGGACCACUUGGAAAUGGCGCAGCCCCAGCCUUAUAUUCAUGCGGUGCAACCUACAUACAUAUAUUCUCCAUGGGUUUAUUAUUGUACUAUUUUGUUUAGAUAAAGUGACGCUUGUUCAUGUAAAUAGAUUUACUAUUUCUCUAGACUACAUAAAAAUAAUGUAUCGAUUGGGCAUGAUAUCUCUGUAUUGACAUUUAUACUAGUAUAUUAUUUGUAAUAAAUUUUUAUAUGGUUGUACAA